AUGGAAUGCACCCCGAUUAUGAAUCCAAAGCCGAUGAGCUUCUUUGUGGCAGAUGAAGGAUCGUGUGUCACGGCUGAUAAUGGAACGAAGAAAGGUGAUAGAAAGAGCGGGAAAGGAAAAUCGAAGUCUUCUUCGUCCAAAGGGCAAUGGACCAAAGAAGAAGAUAGGAUUUUGAAAGAUAUGGUGGAGAAAUAUGGGGUGCGAAAAUGGUCAUAUAUAGCGCAAAUGUUGAGAGGGAGGAUCGGCAAACAGUGUAGGGAGAGAUGGCACAAUCAUCUUAGACCCGACAUCAAGAAAGAUUUCUGGACGGAGGAAGAAGACCGGAUACUGAUCGCAGCACACGCAGAAGUCGGAAACAAAUGGUCCGAAAUAGCAAAGAAACUCCCAGGAAGAACCGAAAACUCAACCAAAAACCACUGGAACGCAACAAAAAGGCGCCAAUACACAAGACGAAAAUGCCGAUCAAAAUGGCCAAGACCAAGCCCCAUUUUGCAAAACUACAUCAAGAGCUUGAACUUACCAAGGGGAAGAACAAGUUCGACUCGCAGUCACAGCUUGACAGUGGUCAAGUCACCAUCACCACCGUCGGUGGUGGAGGAAGAGAAGUUUGAUUUUAACGAGGUGCCGGAGUUAGACAUGGAUGAGAGGUUGCUUGAAUGGGAUGAUAACAUCGAUUCAUUGCUUGACGAUUUACCUUGUAAUAAUAGCGGUGGUGGAGACGUGGAUCCGUAUCUACAGGGUGCAACGAAGGAGAUGGAUCUAAUGGAGAUGAUUUCACAUGUUAAUCUCUAG